AUGGCGAACUCAACAACAUUGCCAUGCAGUCUACGAAAAGCGACACUUGAAGAUGCAACCGCGAUAGCAGAUCUUGGAUCCUAUGUUUACUCCCUGACCUUCGGCCACUCCGUGCCAGCCGAGGAUCUCUCCGCCUACCUAGACGAAGCCUACAGUCGCGAAGCCACAGCGAUUGAGAUCAGCAACCCAGACAAAGACUUGAUAGUCGCGACUGAUGAUCAAAACCAAAUCAUCGGUUUUGCAUUGCUGACGCGGGGCACGACCGACCCUUGUCUGGAAGGCUCGCACAAGAUCAUAGAGCUGCAACGGCUUUACGUACAUCCCAAAGCUCAUGGUGGUGGAGUGGGAAAACUGCUAGCAAAUUGUUUGGAGGACAUGGCUCGGAAGCAAGGGUUCGAGCAUCUGUGGCUUGGUGUUUGGGAGGAGAAUGUCAAAGCUAUCAAGAUCUAUGAAAAGCUUGGGUUUACACGGGUGGGUAGUCAUGAUUUCCGGACCGGACAAGUGGUUCAGACUGAUUUUAUCAUGGUCAAGCGAUUGUGA